UCGAGACUGCCAUGUAUUACUUGCCCUUGGAACUGCUGUAAUUCCCUUGGUAACCAUUUCAUUCUUUGGUGGAAUGUAUAUUCAAUUAAUCUGCUUUGAAAAAGAGCAGCUAAAGGUCAAGGCUGUAAGUGGAUGUCAUGUUCAGUUGCCACAUAGGCAGCGAAAAUUUUUUUCAAAGUCUGGUUUAACUUGACUCGCGCAAAAUGAGAUCAAUUUAUCAAGUGCGAACUACAUUGGAGCUUUUAUGGAAACGAAAAAUCGUGAAAGUGGGAGUCGUUUUGUUCCUGGUAUUUGAAUUUCUAACGUUUGUUAAAUUUCAAAAAUUUUCCAGUAUAUUUAACAAUAGAGUCAAAGCGGCAGUCUUAAAAGAAAAUGCGACUGGUUUUUAUCUGCAAACGCCGAAGGAGGAAUCUUCUAAAGCACCCGACAUGUUAGGUUUCUUAAACUUGUAUUUGUGGUCAGAUACUUGUGCGGAAAACUUAGAAAUUUUGUGUUAUUUUCCUAUGUUUCCAAGAGCUCCAGACCAAAGAGUUGUUCUGAAACGAACUGUCAUUACGGGCAGUUUGACCCAAGCGACGGGAAUGAGAUUGAUUGGAUUUAUAAACCCCAACGAAUCUGGGGUAUUUUUUUUCAUGGUUAAAUUUUGCAGUGCUGAAGUCUAUCUUGGCAACAACACGGAUCGGAAAGAAGCGAUGAUCCUAUCCUUAGACCCUGGGAAACUUCCUCAAAACAAAUCAGACUCUCAAGUUUCUUCAGCAAUUGAUCUGGUGGCUGGGGGAAAAUAUUUCAUCGACAUAGUCGCCAUUUGUGUUCACAGAAUGAACAAGUUACAACUUUUGUGGAAAACUCCAAGUAGCUCGGGUUUUGAAAUCAUAAACUCGACCUUUUUAUCUCCAAUUAUGGAUGACAACAGCUUAGGUAUUUUUAAUAUUUAUGAUGAAGAUAUACCAGACUCUCAAGCCUGUGCUCGGCGAAGGAAUCAAACAAUAUAUUUCAAAUCACCAAGCCAAAUGAGCUGCUUAUCACACGAGGAAGUAAAAAAUGUUUUACCGUAUUGUGAGUAUAAACCAAGUUACACUUUGGAUCAUACAAUAUGGGGAUAUGAAGCAGUCACACAUCGUGUUGUUCACUCAUUUAUUUACCCGUUUCCUGAACAUGAACAACUCAGAGACCAAAAAAAAUGGAUUUAUCCACUUGGUGAAAAUGAGACCAAAGAGGUUGUUAACAUCUUCAUGAAGGGGCUCCACAGUAAAGAACCAAGGCAUUGCAUCGAAGGUCGAAUGGUGUACACGCCAAUCAUUGUUCAAUUGGCUUGUGGUGCUAAUCCAGCAAACUUGGUCGGACUGUGGCAAGUGUAUGGUUACGGGAUAAUAGGAUUAUACAAGUCGGAUUGGGAUCGUGCCGGGGGAUUCGGGAUCAAUAAAAACACCUGGGGAGGGGAGGACUGGAUACUAAUGGACCGGCUUGUCAGCGUAGGACUAGAGUUUGAGCGCUUGCGCACUCCUUAUGUAUAUCAUUAUCAUCAUACAAAGAAGGGGCUAUGGUGAUUCAAGGUCUUGUUUAAAUUCUUCAGAUCGGUCAUACGUUGUCUAGGAGAAUAGCAAGGUGUCGUCACUAAAUGCUGACCGAUCGUUGGACUACUGUGGUUAGGGGAAGAAGCUGCGCUCUGCAGCUCUUUAGUUUGUUCUCAUUGAAACCACGACUGUAAUAAGAAUGCAACAGCGACAGCAGGUCUGCCUGCUAAGGAUUACGACGCAAGACCAUUUAUCCUUCAUUUGUUUGCACGGCCAUAGUGAACAACUAAUACAUACCUUAGAUAUUGCUGAUGCAUUUUGGAAAAGCGCAGCAGAAAACGGUACACAUACAGGCAAGAAAUUGCGGCAAAGCUACGGGAACGCACAAGGAACUUCGAGCGAAGUACAGGAGCGACACGGCGAUGAAACAGAAAGCGCACUGGCAAACAUUUAGUUUCUAUAUAAAAAGGGGGAAUUGUUCGCGUUAAUUUGUGUGCACUAUGGGAAUGAUUCAAGAUGGCGGACAUGAGAUACAACAACGACGAUAACCUGACUGAAGAGAAGCAUAUUUGGAAGUGAAUUACCGCGGAAUAAAGCUCAUGUUAACUGAAUUUCGACCGGUAAGACUGAAAAUGUUAGAAGAGAAACUUUUUUGGUUCCAUCAGAGGCAGAGCGUAGUAUUAGACGUUGCCUCUAAACUGCUCUAAACGAUCGACCGUGAAUGCGAAAUCGGUAAGAUUUCCACACAACCUCGUAGCAUUUUAAAACAAAGCCGGUAAAGAGUUCCAUAUAACCCCAUAAUUAAUUAUGCAUUCCAUUUCAU